UAUGGCAUUCACCCCACCUUGUGAGGUUCCAUGGUAUUAUGAGUGACAAGGAGAUGGCUAUGAUCAAAUCACUUGCUAAACCAAGAUUACGCAGAGCCACAGUCCAGAACCCCGUGACUGGUGUGUUAGAGUUCGCUCAUUAUCGAGUUAGUAAAAGUGCUUGGUUGAAAGAUGAAGACCACCCUGUUAUAAAGAGAGUAUGUCAACGCAUAUCUGAUGUCACUGGCUUGUCCAUGGAGACUGCAGAAGAGUUACAAAUUGCCAACUAUGGAGUGGGUGGGCAAUAUGAACCUCAUUUUGAUUAUUCAAGGAAAUCCGAUUUUGGGAAAUUUGACGAUGAAGUUGGAAACCGUAUUGCUACUUUCCUGACUUAUAUGAGUAAUGUAGAGCAAGGGGGAAGCACGGUGUUCCUACACCCUGGGAUCGCUGUUCGACCAAUAAAAGGAUCCGCCGUGUUCUGGUACAAUCUACUGCCCUCUGGUGCUGGAGAUGAACGAACACGACACGCAGCGUGCCCCGUGCUUACUGGGGUCAAGUGGGUGAGCAACAAAUGGAUCCAUGAGCGCGAUCAGGAAUUCCGAAGAUCUUGCAAAACAAACAUCAAAGCUGACAACAGAAUCUUUUAAUUGAUUCCCAUAAAAACUUAUGUUUUAAUGACCGGGGUACUGACACUGAAUUCACACAAAGGUAAAAAUGUUUUCACCCCACUAUGGGUACUGCAGUAAAAAUUGACAGAUUUAAUCUGAAACACAAAUUGUGUUUUAUACCUUUUUCUAUCCUGCCCAUUUCUGUAUUAAAGCUAAAAUGAACUUGUUUUGCUAAAUAUGAUAUCGUGCUUUUUCAGUUUUUUCUAUGCUUGUGGUAUGUUAGCUUAUGACCUCGGGUGUAUCCAGGUCUGGACCACAUUUUCAUAAAUUAGGCAUCAAGUACUCAUAAAAAAAAUGGUAUAAAAUAACUAUAAAUAUAAGUCAUAAAAUAAAUUUAAAAAAAACGUUUGAAAGUAGAGUUAACCCCCUGGUAAAUUCCUGGAUACACCCCUGCUUAUGGUUACAGUUUUUCAUAUAUUUUGUGCCAUCAUCAACUUUGCGCAGCUAAUCAGUAUUAAGCAGUUCUUUUCAAGUUAAUGAUCAUAUGAUAUUCGGUUAUAUUCACCACAUACAUGCAAUACAGUUAAUAAUAAAAAUGCA